AUGAACUUUUACCCUACAAAACAUCAUCUCUUCAAAAUUCGACCCUUGAAAAACGAUCGUCAUGGCUCCUUCAAAAGCAGGCAAGGCAGCAGCCGAAAAGACGAAGAAGGAAAAAUACACCAUCCGCAAUCCCGAAAAGCUGGCCAGCUAGCUCGCAAAGCACUUCGAAAGGGCAAACUUGGUGGCCAAGCGUCCAAUCGAGGCAAAAAACACCAUUUCCUUGCUGACUUCUAUGGGCUUUUCUACCACUCACUUCCUGAAGAAGGCGUUCUGACGCUCGAAGAGCUUCACGGUCUCUUGCGGGACGUAUGGUUGACAAGACACGAUGCCGAGUUGGAGGAGGAAAAGGCUUCACGGAGAAAAGGCAGACCAAAGAGUGUGAAAGAAGUCAAAUUGGAGGAGAUAAAACUGCGGGAAUCGGAGGAGUAUCGCACUGGGUUCGAGGUAAUUGAUUUAACCCACCGACCCACCGUGGAUCUGUUUCGACGAUGGGAUCAGAAGGAAGUUGCCUUCAUUCAACUACUGCGAUUCAUUCGUAUCUCAAGCGCUAAUCCAGGCUCCAUUGUUAUCUCGAGGCCUGGGAAGCAUCACAGCAUGGUUGAAUCAGUGGAACCGAAUCUUACGGACGUGGAGAUGAUUGACAGUUGA